UGUCGUAGUGGGCAACGCCAUUCCCUUUGCAUGUUAAAGCUUCGGUGUGAUAUUCCGCUCGCAGCUACUCUACUCCAUUUCUCGCCAGCCUUUUGCUAAAGUGGUCGCAGAUCUCAAACCCCAGGGGAGACCAGUUGCUGUCGAUCUUCCCUUUACGAUCUUUACUUACAGUGUUUACUGUUCUGUCCUGGCUCCUGAACCGACACUUUAAUAAUCUACGCUACCUCAGUCAACUUAUCUCCGGACACGAUACACUUAGCUACACCAUCUUACUUCUGAUUGGAAUUCCCCGCGUCUACGGGGCAAAACAAAAUGGCCCAGAAAGCAGCCAAGUCCCUCGCUGCACGCAAUACCUCGCUCUUGUUGCGCACACAUAUCACUACUCUGUCUCUCCAUGCCAUAUUCCUCCUCCUCCAUUGGCUAUUCAACCGUCCACGAUCGCUCUUGCCUUACUUUAUCUUCACGUUCCCUGUUCUCGCCAUUGAAUUCUACCUCGAGCGCCUCGGACGUCCGCGAUAUAACCCCGUCGAUGGUUCCUUGCGCUCUGCUGGUGAGGAUCUCGGCGCUUCUGGGCUGACGGAGUACAUGUGGGAUGUCCUGUACUGGACCUGGGGUUGUAUGGGUGCUGUGUGUAUUUUUGGAGAUAAGGCAUGGUGGUUGUGGGUGGUUGUGCCGCUGUACUCUGUCUGGCUGGCAUGGACCACAUUCACCGGCAUGAAAAGCGGACUGGCUGGUAUGGCGGGAGGCGGGGAUACGGGAGUUGCUGCUCCUGAAAGUAAAAGGCAGAAGAAGAUGGAGAAGAGAGGUGGCCAGCGUGUACAGUAUAGGUGAUGUAUAAUAUACUUUACGUAUCCAAGGCUGUGAAUAACCUCGCAAUCUAAGAUUGUUAGCUAUACGAAAUACGAUAUAAAUACUCUUCUGAAAGGAUCUGGAAAAUAAUAUAUUCCAACUAAAUCGAGCACUUUCAAUUGGUGGAAAAGUGCAAAAAUACAUGUACAAUAUACAUACAUCGGGUGUGAUGUAAGGCAGGGGUUAUGUGAAAAAGGUUCGAAACCAAGCCGCGAAAUGAAAGCGUCGGAUACUUUGCGAUGCAAAAUGGGCAAGACAAAUGAAAAAAAUAAGGAAAUAGAAAGAGAUGUGCUAUGUCGAAGGGAGACGUUUCAUCGUGGCAAGUUGUGGAGUGCAUGAAUAGC